AUGGAUGAGAACUGGUGGCCCCUCAUCCCUGACCUUAUCAAUGCUUAUCUUACCUGGAAAUACGCUCCUGAACAGCGUCCCAAUGUGCCUGCAACUACGGAUGACCCUUCCCCCUAUGACUUCAUGAUCAAUGUGAUGGAUUUCUACUCUCUCACUUCAUCGGCCACCAUCUCUCAUGCAGAGGACUCUAGGUCCAUGACGCACGCACUCGUUCUCAAUGGCUACCUAGGGACAUCGCCUGUUUUCCCAUCCAUGGCAAUCUCACUCAAGACAUUGGAGCUCCUCCGGAGCUUGAGGCUCAUCAAGGCUUCAUUCAGCAUUGAAGCCUUCGGUAAGCUCCUCCAGGACUCGCCCAACUGGCAGGUGCUCAACACUUGCCCUGCUUGUACAUAUGAGCUUGAAGGAGAGCCACCACGCCGGUGGAGCCGCAUGUUCUGUAUGGAUGGGAACAAUUCGCUGAAGCAGAUCGCGCAGGUUGAGAACUGCAUUCAAGGUGAUACCCGAGUCUUUGUUGACAGCGACUACUAUCUGUUGCAGGAAUUUGUCGAUAAGUAUGCGGAUGAAGUGCCACCACGCCAGACCUCGAGCACCCCAAGCAAUGGUGAUGACCUGGAAGAACAUGGCCAGGAGGACAACAUCAAUUGCGGAGAUCCAGAGGGAGGGGACCUGACUGACGGGGCAUUCAGCGACAUUAUCGUUCCUUGCACGGAGAACUGGAAGGCGGCGGCGGCAGAUGAAAAAAAAUGCAUGUGGGGUAUUUUUGAAGAGACUGGGAUCUUUGUGAGCGUGUGUCCUCAUGGGUUCAUCCUGUGGCUAAUCGACAUGGUUCGUAGCGGUGAGCUGGCAAAAUAUCUGCUUGCUACCAUUGCAAAGGUGCUGGAAGUGCUCAGUGACAAGACACUGGCAGGUUACGACAUUGGCUGUGUCUUUGAGGGUACAAUACAGCGUAGCUCGCUGGAACCUGAAUGGCAACGGUGCUGGUGCCGUUGCUGCAUGAAUGCAUUCCACGGCUACUCCCACAACUAUCUUUGUCAACUCAUGAAUCGCCCGAACAUUAUUGAAGGUAUGGGUCUUGAAGACCUUAAGACGAUGAAAAGGAUAUUUAGCGCAUCAAACAACCUUGCCACCAUCACACGCUAUGCGUCGGGAUUUCGCCGGUGCCUCUUCAUCGAUGCUUUCUUCCACCAGUGGGAUAUGGAGAAGUAUGCCAAUCUCAGCACUAUGUUAUUCAACAACUAUGUCCAGGCUCUCAAGAUCAUCGAGGAGGACGGAGCUGCACUCGAAGAAGCUAUAGCGGCUCUUCAGAUCAUGCAUGAAGAUCUGGCCAAGUGGUCGUAUGAAGAGCGCGAAUACUUCAAGAGCCUUGGUGAGGAACCCGAGUGGGAUAUCCAUGCCAUGGCCUACGUCGAAAGUCUCCAGGAGUUGCACACCAUCACAGCACAGCUCGAGAACACAUCCACCCAGUUCCUCGCCACAACACCCAAUGAUUAUAUAUUCAUGGAGCCAACAUCGGGGCAUGUGGCAUAUAAUGCGGAUGUAUCCCAGACUUGCAAGCUUGAGACGAAAAAAUGUUACCUCUCCGAACGCCACGCCAAGAUCCAUCACGAUGUCAUUGCGAUAGAAGUCAAGAUGGGCAUAGCGCAUCAUUGGCAGCCAACUGAUAACGAAUACAUCGCCACUGUCAAGUACAUUUCCACUCGCAAGUACCAUCGUGCUCUCGACAACCUGCAGCGUCUCAUUGUGUGCCAUCUGUUUGAACUGCAUAAGCUCAAUCUCUCCCAGACCGGCAAGUAA